AUGUUGGGCACAUGGUCUAGAGCGGCUCGCGCCGACCUCAAGGCGAGCCAGCUCACCCUCGAGCACUUCCUCAUGCGCUCGCGCACCCUGUCCCUGUAUCGCAAGUACGUUCGCGCAACCAGAGACAUCCCGUACCCAUCAGCACGAUGGGAGACCAUCGAAUUCUUUCGCGAUGACGUUCAUCGCUUCCGCCACGAGACCGAUUUGGAGCGGAUCAAGGAUCUCUUGAUGCAAGGUCAUCGCUUCCUCAAACAGAUGCAAGGUCAAUGGACGUUGGCCGGCGCCUCAUCCGAGGGCAAUAAUGCCAACAAGCUCCGAGGUACACGGCAACUCUAA